AUGUCUUCCAAACGAAAACUCGGCGCUUUGGGGCUCGAACGCCGUGUCAAAGCUCGGCGCGAAGAGGACUGGGAGCCUGGAUUGAGUGCCAGCGACGACUCCUCAGGCGAAGAGGUGUCAGAAUCAGAAGUCGACAGCGGCGACGAGGACGAAGACUCUGCUUCAGGGUCUGGCUCAGAAUCUGAAGAAGCCGAAGAAGAUGAACCCAAGACAGACUUCUCAUCCAUUUCCUUUGGCGCCUUAGCCCGCGCAGCAGCCAGUCUACCACCGCCCGACAAGAAACGAAAAAAGGCCGCCGAUGGGAGCAAGGACAAGGACGAAGCACAACCAGGAGCCCCAUCAUCAAGGGAGGCGCUGAGGCAAGAACGAGAGCAGAGGAAGAAGAGCCGGAUCGACACAUCAUCAAAGCGAAGCUCCAAGCACGCGCCGCAGGAGAUGACAUCCAAGAAGCCCGUCAGCAGACGCCGCGAGAUCCUGCCCGACCCGCGCCGCAAGGCCCGCGACCCGCGCUUCGACGUCCUGACGGGCCCGCUGGACGAGGCCAAAUUCGCCAAGAACUACGCCUUCCUGGACGAGUAUCGCGAAAAGGAGAUGGCGGACCUGCGGGCGCAGAUCAAGAAGACCAAGGACGAGUAUGCCAAGGAGGAGCUCAAGCGGCAGCUGCUGUCAAUGGAAUCCAAGAAAAAGGCCCGCCAGAAGAAGGAGGAGGAAGCCAGGCUGCUGCAGGAGCAUCGCAAGAAGGAGAAGGAGUUGGUGGCGCAGGGCAAGCAGCCUUUCUACCUGCGCAAGAGCGAGCAGAAGAAGCAGCUGCUGCUCAACAGGUAUGCCAACAUGAGCAAGGGGCAGGUCGACAGGGCCAUUGAGCGGAAGCGCAAGAAGGUGGCGUCCAAGGAGAAGAAGGAGUUGGCUCACCUGGAGAGGGUGUCGAGGCGUCAUUAG